AUGACAGAGAUGAAGAAAUCAUCUCCUCCUCCGAAUUUGUUUUCGUCGUUACCGUACGACGUCGUUCUGAACAUUCUAGCUCGUAUCUCGAGAUUCCAUCGUCCAACCUUAUCUCUCGUCUCCAGGAGUUUUCGAUCACUAAUAGCUUCGCGUGAGCUCGACGCAACACGAACACGCAUCGGCAAAACAGAGGAUUGCGUCUAUGUCUGCUUAGACCUAAACCAGAACCAGCGUAUUAAUCCUCGCUGGUUCGCACUUGCACCAACUCCCAAACAACAGAGAUCGGUACCAAUCCCUUCGUUUCCUUACGUUUAUCCCAAAUCACCAACUGUUGUAUCAAAUGGUUCAGAGCUUUACAUAAUCGGCGGAUACGCUAAACGAAGGACAGGAAGGAGAAGCAAAAGUGUGUUUCUUCUCGAUUGUAGAUCCCAUCAAUGGAGUAAGCUCAAGAACAUGCGUGUAGGUCGACCAAAUCCAGCCGCGGAGGUAAUUGACGGUAAGAUCUACGUGAUUGGAGGCUGCCUGUCCAACAAAAGCGAGGAUUGGGGAGAAGUUUACGACAUAAAGACACAAACUUGGGAGCCAUUAUCGCCCGAAACACUAGCUCUCACCGCUCAGAAGAGUGUGGUUCCAGGUAGAUUGGUGAUGGGUGGUAAAGUUUAUGACAUGAAUGGCUUAGAGCUUAACUGUCGGAAGCAUAUUCGUUUGGUAGAGAUGGACAAGAACGUGUUUUGCCAAAUAUUGGUUUCUGGUGGGAAACUAAUGUGGCGUGAUGCAAAGGAAGAUUUGGAAUGGGGCAAGGUGCUGGGACUUGAAGAAAUGUCCACUAAUUAUUUUGUUUCGAUGUCAAACUCGUGCGGAGGAACAAGAGUGAUAGUUUGGUGGGAGAAGGAUUUGGAGAUUUGGUGCGCAGAGGUUUCGUUUGAGAGGUACAGAUUUGAAGACCCCUGGGGGAUUUGGGAAAUAGAGGUGAGUCACCGUUCUGAACAGCUUUGGGGAGUUGUUGAAUGGUCCAAAAGUGUGUUUGAUGACGAAUAUGACGCUGUCUUUCGGCAUUCUGCUCUAGUGACACAUUGA